AUGGAUCCGCCAGUGGCUAGCAUAAACACAGAAAGAUUCACAUCUCACUGGGAAGUAAUUCAGACAGAGGCAAACAAGCUCGCAAGCGGGUUGGAGUGCAGCGGCAUGUUGAUAUACACAGCCAUAUACCGCAUUGUGUGUGGCGGAGAUGUGUCAUAUGCAGUGCGUCUGCAUUGGUGCAUUGGGAAGUUCUUCUUUGCCUUCUGUGUGAAAAUAAGAGAGCGAAUUAAAGGAGACGAUUGGGUUAAGGAGUAUGCGAAUGCCUUUUGCAUCUACGAGAAAACUGUAAAGACCAUAGAUCUUCUAUCUCUCCACUUGAAUGAGGCGAUUUUGGAAAAUAAAGAGUGCAAAAAUGUGCGGGACUUGGGGUACAUCAUCUGGGAGCGGUGUAUUCUCCGGCAGAGAUACGAGGGUAACCUUCCGUCCCUCUCAGAGUCACUUCCAAGCAAAAGAGAGUAUGCAGAGGUCUGUCUCCGCUCGCUGAGCAAUAUAAACACAAAUCCGAAUGACCGGUUUGAGUACUAUCGAAACAACUAUGAGGCAGGCCUUUUCUCUGUGAUCAUAGAGGAGUUUAAGCACAAAGUGAGCAUUCACAUGGAGAUGGAGCUGGCCUCCUAUCUUGUCAAGUGCAGCAGGGCCAUCAAUGAGGCAAUAGCAGCGUAUUCAGCUCUGCUGCUUCCCAUUUCUCUUCCUAUUCUGGAAGAGACACUUGAGAAGGUUGUGUUCUCCAAGCACACCCACAUCAUGAGGGAGCAGAUGAGAAUAGUCCUGCACAAAAAAAACAAGCAGAGCAUAAAAAGCCUGUGCAGCGCGGUGCGCCUAUUAACUAAAAAGGUCUUUCCCGCCUUCCUUGAGUGCUUGAAGGAGUUUAUCAACGCGGAGUGGCCAAGCGAGAAUACAUGCAGCGCAGCCAUAUCUGCGUAUAGCAGACUAUCGGAUCUUUUCCUGUCGGACACGUGCGAAAAAACGCGAGAAGUUCUGGAAAAUGUGCUUGCUCUAAAGAUUGGCCGCCCUGGCGUCGGAAAGGAGCUUGCCCUCUAUCUUGAGUCUCUUAUCAAAACAAAACAUGUUGAAGAGGUUGAAAAGGUGAACGUUCUACAAAAUGCAAUCUCCAGCAAGGACGAGAAAGACGUCUUCUACUCGACGUACAUCUCCCGUCUAGCAGAAAGGAUAUUUUCUCUGCAGUUUGACUUUGAAGUGGAGCAGGAGGUUGCAAGCCGUCUGAACAUGCCGUGGGUGCUCAAAAACAAGGUCACAAAAAUCUUCAAAGACAUGGUGCAGAGCGCAGAGGAGAACCAGCUCUUCAAGCAGAUGUAUGGUGCAGGCGACUUCCAAUAUCUGACACCAGAGAACAACCAAGUGUUCUUCUACAGUAUCAUCACAACUGCAUGCGUCUGGCCCAUUGCAGAAGAGGCCGUGCAGAUCACACGCUUCCCGCCCGAGCUUGAUGGAAUUCUUUCUGCGUUCUCUGGGCAGUAUCUUGCCAAGCACCCAAGGCGCCGCCUAAUCUGGGCGGACACUCUGUCUACCGUUGAGGUUGAGAUUAUAACCAACAGAGCGUACACCAUAGAGAUGACUCUCACGCACUAUGCAGUCCUCUGUGCAGUUGAAAAGACCCCGAGCACCCUUGAUAAUAUAGCAGAAGCUGUUGGCCUGAGUACGAAGUUUACGGCAAAUGUGCUUGAGUCGUUUGUUCGUCUUUCAAUUGUAGUGGUUAGAAACGAUAUCUACUGCUUUAAUGACAGCUUUUCGUGCGAGCAGGAGAUAAUAACAAUCAAAGCAACUGAAACCACAGAGAGAAGAAUAGGCAACAGAAAGCCAUACUACCAGGCCUGGAUAUCGCGCGCACUAAAGCAGUUAAAAGAGUGCGGGUUGAACAGUCUUUCAGAAACUCUGCAAAACAGCCACACAAAUAUAUUUGACUGGAACAAACAGGAGUAUCUGGAUGCGCUGAAAAACCUAAAUGAUAGAGGACUUGUUGAAAUCGUUGACGCCACAGUGAAGUACCUUCCAUAG